CAUGCCUGGGUGAGACUAUAUCUAUAUAGGGCUAUUGUUUUGGACUCUAACUCCCAGUAUCCCCCGCAAAAGGGCCCUCCCCGCCCCUGGUGUGGCUUGGGGCGGGAUCAUCCCCUUCCUGCCCGCCUCUCCUCCUCCUCAGCUGCAGGACAAAGACUUGCGUGUCAAGGGGCGGCGCGUUCACACGUGCAAGGCGCUCUUUCCGGCUGUUCCCGUGUCUUUUCUCCACGGGAGUGGCCCCGAUCCGGAGCUGCUGGAGCUGCAGAAGGAGGAGGGAGAGAAAGGCGGCUCCUCCAUCCAUCCUUUCCCCUUCCUUUCUUCACUUCGGAGGCUCCAAAGCCUCCGAGGGGACUUGGCAAGGGCCGCCCAGAGUGGAUCCAGUUUCAGAAGGGAUCACGUGGGAUCCAGGGAAGGAGGCCUAUUUCUGAACCACCGGAUCCAGAGAUCAGCUGGUCUUUUCCGCGGCCGGGAUUUGUCUUGCGGAGAGGUCCCAUUGGCAUCUGAAAUCUCUGCCUUGUAGAUUAGAAUGAAUGCAGUGCGAUGGCUCCACACUCUACGGUCCUGGGAGCUGUAGAUUGACAAGGAAUCCACGGAUGAAUAGAUCACAGUGAUCAGGAGUAAAAUCCCCCGAUUUGGACAGAGAAGGCAUUUGUUCUUCUUGCCGACGACAGACGGAACAUGGCUGCACCAGGAUACCCCUGUCCCCAGCCAGGACACCCCCUCGCGUCCCCUCCAUACCAGAUGUCUCAGUCCCACAUGAUGCCGUCCGCACCUGGCCCUGGCUUCGUCUUUCCCGCCGCCAGCCCCGUCGCACCGCAGAUCACGGGACCCCCGCCUCCUCCCCGGGGGUAUCACGAACACGCCCCGGCUCCCCCUCCCCCACAACAGCCAGGGCCAGACCCCCACGCCAUCAUCCCCUACGUGCCUGUGGGCUGCAGCAUCCCUCGGGGUUUGGAACACCUGGCACAGAUUGACCAUGUUUUGAUAAACCAGAAACCGGAUUUAGUGGAAGCUUUCAUCGGCUUCGAGCGCAACAACAUGUACGAGGUGCGCAACAACAUGGGCCACCCGGUGUUCCAUUGCGCCGAGCAGAACGACUGGCUGACACGCAACCUCUGUGGCUCCUUGCGCCGCUUCUCCCUGCGGAUCAACGACCCUUCCGGCUGCGAAGUCAUGCGCGUGAUCCGACCCAUGAAAUGCUCCAGUUGCUGGUUCCCGUGCUGCCUGCAGCAGAUGGAAGUGCAGUGCCCGCCGGGCAACACCAUUGGUUUUGUGGAGCAGACGUGGCACGCUUUCCAGCCCAAAUUCUCCGUCCAGAACGUCGAGAAGGAAACCUUGCUGCGGGUGGUGGGCCCCACCUUCGUCUUCAGCUGCGGGGGAGACGUCAACUUUGAGGUGAAAACGGUGGACGAAUCCCGCGGCAUCGGGCGCAUCAGCAAGCACUGGAGCGGCCUCCUCCAAGAGGUCUUCACCGACACGGACAACUUCGGCAUCCAGUUCCCGAUGGAUCUCGACGUGAAGAUGAAGGCGGUGCUUUUGGGAGCCUGUUUCCUCAUUGAUUACAUCUAUUUUGAACAGACGGGAACCACCGGGCAAAGCCAUACAGUGGUCACCGGAUAGAGCUGCCUUGGAAGUGGGAUCAUGUAUGAUACAUGUGUGUGUGUGUAUGAGAUAGACAUGGGAGCAAAAGGGUGAGAGUAUGUCUGCGGGUGCAUCUAUAUAUCACAUAAGAGCGGCUUGACACCGCCAUGGCUCAAUGCUAUGGAAUCGUGGGAUUUGUAGUUCACAGAAGUACCAGUAGAACGGAAGGCCUUGAGAAAACUACAACUCCCCAGUAUUCCAUAGGAAUGAGCCAUGGCAGUUCAAGUGGGGUCACAUUGAUGGAAUUGUGGGAUUUGUAGUUCACAGAAGUACCAGUAGAGUGGGAGGCCUUGAGAAAACUACAACUCCCCAGUAUUCCAAAGGAAUGAGCCAUGGCAGUUCAAGUGGGGUCACAUUGAUGGAAUUGUGGGAUUCGUAGUUCACAUAAGUACCGAGAGCGGGAGGCCUUGAGAAAACUACAACUCCCCAGUAUUCCAAAGGAAUGAGCCAUGGCAGUUCAACUGGGGUCACAUUGAUGGAAUCGUGGGAUUUGUAGUUCACAGAAGUACCGAGAGUGGGAGGCCUUGAGAAAACUACAACUCCCAGUAUUCCAUAGGAAUGAGCCAUGGCAGUUCAACUGGGGUCACAUUGAUGGAAUCGUGGGAUUUGUAGUUCACAGAAGUACCGAGAGUGGGAGGCCUUGAGAAAACUACAACUCCCAGUAUUCCAUAGGAAUGAGCCAUGGCAGUUCAACUAGGGUCACAUUGAUGGAAUCGUGGGAUUUGUAGUUCACAGAAGUACCAGUAGAGUGGGAGGCCUUGAGAAAACUACAACUCCCAGUAUUCCAUAGGAAUGAGCCAUGGCAGUUCAAGUGGGGUCACAUUGAUGGAAUCGUGGGAUUCGUAGUUCACAUAAGUACCGAGAGUGGGAGGCCUUGAGAAAACUACAACUCCCAGUAUUCCAUAAGAAUGAGCCAUGGCAGUUCAAGUGGGGUCACAUUAAUUGUGGGAUUCGUAGUUCACAGAAGUACUAGUAGAGUGGAAGGCCUUGAGAAAACUACAACUCCCAGUAUUCCAUAGGAAUGAGCCAUGGCAGUUCAAGUGGGGUCACAUUAAUUGUGGGAUUCGUAGUUCACAGAAGUACUAGUAGAGUGGAAGGCCUUGAGAAAACUACAACUCCCAGUAUUCCAUAGGAAUGAGCCAUGGCAGUUCAACUGGGGUCACAUUGAUGGAAUCGUGGGAUUCGUAGUUCACAUAAGUACCGAGAGCGGGAGGCCUUGAGAAAACUACAACUCCCAGUAUUCCAUAGGAAUGAGCCAUGGCAGUUCAAGUGGGGUCACAUUGAUGGAAUCGUGGGAUUCGUAGUUCACAUAAGUACCGAGAGUGGGAGGCCUUGAGAAAACUACAACUCCCAGUAUUCCAUAGGAAUGAGCCAUGGCAGUUCAAGUGGGGUCACAUUAAUUGUGGGAUUCGUAGUUCACAGAAGUACUAGUAGAGUGGAAGGCCUUGAGAAAACUACAACUCCCAGUAUUCCAUAGGAAUGAGCCAUGGCAGUUCAAGUGGGGUCACAUUGAUGGAAUCGUGGGAUUCGUAGUUCACAUAAGUACCGAGAGCGGGAGGCCUUGAGAAAACUACAACUCCCAGUAUUCCAUAGGAAUGAGCCAUGGCAGUUCAAGUGGGGUCACAUUGAUGGAAUCGUGGGAUUCGUAGUUCACAUAAGUACCGAGAGCGGGAGGCCUUGAGAAAACUACAACUCCCAGUAUUCCAUAGGAAUGAGCCAUGGCAGUUCAAGUGGGGUCACAUUGAUGGAAUCGUGGGAUUCGUAGUUCACAUAAGUACCGAGAGCAGGAGGCCUUGAGAAAACUACAACUCCCAGUAUUCCAUAGGAAUGAGCCAUGGCAGUUCAAGUGGGGUCACAUUGAUGGAAUCGUGGGAUUCGUAGUUCACAUAAGUACCGAGAGCGGGAGGCCUUGAGAAAACUACAACUCCCAGUAUUCCAUAGGAAUGAGCCAUGGCAGUUCAAGUGGGGUCACAUUGAUGGAAUCGUGGGAUUCGUAGUUCACAUAAGUACCGAGAGCAGGAGGCCUUGAGAAAACUACAACUCCCAGUAUUCCAUAGGAAUGAGCCAUGGCAGUUCAAGUGGGGUCACAUUGAUGGAAUCGUGGGAUUCGUAGUUCACAUAAGUACCGAGAGCGGGAGGCCUUGAGAAAACUACAACUCCCAGUAUUCCAUAGGAAUGAGCCAUGGCAGUUCAAGUGGGGUCACAUUGAUGGAAUCGUGGGAUUCGUAGUUCACAUAAGUACCGAGAGCAGGAGGCCUUGAGAAAACUACAACUCCCAGUAUUCCAUAGGAAUGAGCCAUGGCAGUUCAAGUGGGGUCACAUUGAUGGAAUUGUGGGAUUUGUAGUUCACAGAAGUACUAGUAGAGUGGGAGGCCUUGAGAAAACUACAACUCCCCAGUAUUCCAUAGGAAUGAGCCAUGGCAGUUCAAGUGGGGUCACAUUGAUGGAAUCGUGGGAUUCGUAGUUCACAGAAGUACCGAGAGCGGGAGGCCUUGAGAAAACUACAACUCCCCAGUAUUCCAAAGGAAUGAGCCAUGGCAGUUCAAGUGGGGUCACAUUGAUGGAAUCGUGGGAUUUGUAGUUCACAGAAGUACCAGUAGAACGGAAGGCCUUGAGAAAACUACAACUCCCAGUAUUCCAUAGGAAUGAGCCAUGGCAGUUCAACUGGGGUCACAUUGCUUGCGUUCUGCAACCCAAUGAAACUAUGGUGGACCUUUUUUCGGGGGGGGGGGGGGCAACUGUGUAAACAAGCAAAGGGGAUAGACAUUUGGGGUUGUUCAUGAGCUGGUUGGGGGAUUAUGGGAGAUGUAGUUCAAAUAAAGGGGUCUUUUGGCCGGUAUCUUGUGGGCUCAAGCACUAGUUCCAAUGCCACUUUUGCCUUGAAUAUGGGGGGCCAGGGGAACCAUCUCCCCACUUUGGGGUACAUUUUUUUUUGGGGGGGGUCUCAAUAACAUCCCUCCUUACCACACACCAAAGAAAUGGUUAAUAUUUACUACUUCUGUGUAUUUUAUAAAUCUUAUCUAUCUAUAUCUAUUAUCUAUAUAUUUAAGUGUUUACAUUUAAUGCCUUUGGGAGGAGCAGCCAAAAGGACGGGGUGCAGACUUCCAAAGUCCUCUCUCCAAGUUGGCCAGAAAGCGAGAGAAAUUGAGUCAGUCAGGUUGCUAGACUCCAACUCCCAUCAGCCACUGAUCAUGGGGAAGGAUGCUGGGUGAUGCAGUUCAACCAGAACGCGGUUCCUAUCGUCCUUCUCUGGCCAAAAGCAUCCCCAGCUGAUUCAAACCAGGUGGAAAAUCCACAAGAAUGAAGCUAGGGAUGUCAGAAGAAACUGGACUCUAGAUCCCAAAAGGGAAGGGAUCAGUCUGUCGGGCCAAGCGGCAAGCCUAUCAUCCACAGAGAGAGCAGGACUUCCUGCUUGACCGUGUCUUCGUCCCUUGACCGUGCCUUCUGUUUAUGGACUUGGUGGAUCCUACGGCCGCAAAAGCGGGGUGAGAUGCCUUCAAAGGGUGCGAGAGAUUGUAUGUCCCUCCGUUGCGGGUUAAACCAAAGAAUAAAGCGUUAUCUAGGCC